AUGGUUGUUCUAAAGGUCAGGAUGAAGAUAAACGUCUCACAGGUUGCUUGUUUCUCUCUCAGUGCCUACACCGACAUGGGGCUGCUCAAUUACUUGUGCUUCAUGCUGCUGAUGUGUUUCUACCUGCUGGUCAUCUGCUCCAACCUGUUCCUCAUGGUGGUGAUCUGCAUGAACAGGAGCCUCCAAGAGCCCAUGUACAUGUUCCUUCUCAGCCUGUUGGUCAGUGAGCUGUAUGGUAGUACAGGCUUGCUUCCAUUCCUCCUGGUCCAGAUCCUCUCUGACCUCCACACUGUUGCUGCUCCUCUCUGCUUCCUGCAGAUCUUCUGUAUCUAUAUGUAUACAGGUGUGGAGUUCUUUAACUUAACCGUCAUGUCCUAUGACCGCUACGUGGCCAUCUGUGAUCCUCUGCACUAUAGAAGCAGGAUGACGCCUCAGAAAGCUGCUGUACUUAUUUCUGCGUCCUGGUUUUCCUGUUUUCUGCUCGGUGUGGCUCUGAUCAGUCUGACUGCUCCUCUGCAGCUCUGUGGAAACACCAUCAGCAAGGUCUACUGCAGCUUCCACUCCAUCGUCAGACCGUCCUGCUCUGAGACGCUCAGUAAUGUCAGUGGAGUCCUGAUCUCCUGCCUGUCGGUGCUCAUCACCACCAGUCUGAUGCUGUUCAGCUACCUGAGGAUCCUGUAGGUGUGUUUACGAGGCUGUAAGGUGAGGCGACAGAAGGCCGUCAACACCUGCACGCCUCACCUGGCCUCGACAGGAAAUAGACAUCUGUAG